UGCCAGAACCACACAGCAAGCGCGAUGGCCUCGAUCGACGAACCUCUCGACCUGAUCAAGCUCAGCCUCGACGAGCGCAUCUACGUCAAGUGCCGGGGCGACCGCGAGCUCCGCGGCAAGCUCCAGGCGUACGACCAGCACCUCAACAUGAUCCUGAGCGACGUCGAGGAGACCGUGACGAGCCAUGAAGUCGACCAAGAGACGUACGAAGAGAUCGUCAAGCAGGCCAAGCGCCAGGUCGAGAUGCUCUUUGUGCGUGGCGACGUCAUCGUGCUCGUGGCGCCGCCCUUGCGCACGGGCUAAGCCGAACAGUACACACUCCUCCUCCUCAAUCAUGAUGGACAUGUAUAACUUAAACCGCGUCGCGUCUUGGCACAACGA